AUGAGCGUAUGGUUUUUCAGGGUUGUUUUGGAGCGCGCCUGCUUCACCUAUACCCCGAUGUCAGGAGUGGAGGCACCGCUCAACGGCACGUUUGCCUGUCGUGUUUUGUUUGAUGGUGAGGAGGUCAACCUUGACUUGACACCUACGCCGCAACACGUCACAGCAAAGAGGUCGGUCGCUUUCAAGUAUCGUAUUAGGGCUUCUACCUGGGAAGACCUUGCCUUAGCACUUAAUCAGCGCUCUGCCUGCCUCCAAAUUCUGUGUUUUAACGAAGCGGAAAAACAAGAUGCCCCAGACGCCCAUUCAAGUGCUGGUUUGGUAGUGGGAAUCGCCUCAAUAGACUUGUUGUCUUUGGCACAGAAUGUCACCGCCCAGUACGAGCUUCCACUGAUGCCCCCGAAUGCGGGUUCCUCUCCCACAAAGCUGGGGCGAUUAUCCGUGUGUAUUACUAUGGAACAGAUGUGCGAUUUCAGACUCCAGUUAAAAGAGGUGCGUGCUUCUGGUAUUGAGGCUGGUGCGUACAAGCUACGGUAUUUUCUAUCUUCAAGUAGUGUAUACAUGUGCAGCAAUCCGUUGCGAUCCAAGCUGGGAUCCGUCAUGUGGACGGGCGGAACAUUACAGGAGUUGUUGUUUCAUGGGACGUUGCGGACAUUGGCAUCACUGGAAUUUGCCAUUUCGCUUCUGAAGUCUGGAAAAAAUGGCAGAGAGCCACCAGUCGCAAUAUUUACUGUCUCUUUGUUGCAGCUGCAGACGAACUCGACUGAGAAAAUCAGGGAAAUUCCCUUUCUGCUAGAGGAGCCCGAAUCUCCCAGGAUCCUUUCCGGUGUUUUGCAGGUCAGAGGGCUGCCUGUUGCUCAGCAGAAUAUUCGACGUGUAACGAUCCCUUGUCGGUCCUACGCUCGCGACGAGGUGGGGGACAACGACAGACGCUUCUCUGUAGGCGUUGCGUUAGGGCGUUCGCAUAAUGUUGCCACUCUAAACUCGUCGUUGCAGCGACUUCCCGCAUCAGGAGAAGCAAUAACAGGAUCUAUCGACGUGCCAAGUGCCCCACCUCACGCGCUUUUGGGCGCUGGGCCAGCCGCUGUAACAGCAGCGGCGUUGAGUCAAGCAUUGGAGCAGGAUUCCGCAAGUUCUCGGGUGGAAGAGGGAGGCAGCGAUAAUGCAAGCACCACUUUGGCUUAUGGUGGCAAUUUAGCCUCAUGCGACGGCGUCUGUUGCUUGAAACCUCCACUUUGUGAGGACGUGGGGAACUAUACGCUGCCCUUGAGCGGUGCUGCCUUGGCUAGUGAGUGCUCAUUACUACAAGAGCAAGAAGGAAGGGAUGGAAGUGAUGUUUCAUUUUCUUCACCCUUGCCACCAGAUACAGCAGCGGAUAUUGGAGAUGUGAGUAAGCUGUCACUUCAUGUUUCUAGCAUCAAGGAGGAUACGCCGCCGUCCGAAGAAGAAGAAGAAGAAGGACAUCAUCUGGCUGCACCUUAUGGUGACACGUUGCAGGAGGGAAAGCAGCAGCAACAGGAUGAAGCAGAAAAGGACGAGGAGGCGGAGCGCAAACAUCUCAUGUAUCGCGAAUACCAUCUCCUACAAGAACUGGAUCGCGUAAAGGAAAGUAUUGAUAUUUUGCAAGGGUGUUUACAAAACACACGUAUCUUGUCUAGCAGCACCGAUUACGACGCGGCUACGCAAAUUGACGCCUUGGAGCAGGAGUUGUCGGAGCUGGGCAGGGCUGAGACAACCCUCAUGCAACUUGAGGAUCGCCUCCAGGAGCGGUUUAGGCAUUGCAGCGAGCAAUACCGCAUAUCUGAAGCGGAGUUCCAUGCGUCAAUGCAGCAUCUUGCAGUUUACGCUGACGUGCUGAUAAAUAUCGACCGUAGCAUAUCCGCUGAGAUGCAGGAGGUUGAGCUGGAUGAACCUGCGGCUAAAGGGACCGUGGCGAGUUUCCAUCUACCCCACCCUCCACAUGCACCCAAGCCAACGUGGAAGGUAAAAAAAAAAAAAAACAUGAGGGGAGAAGGGGGGGGGGAGUAA